CAGGGUAUUCAUUCAGGAAGAAGCCUGUCUGAUUAGCCUAGCCUGCCAGGAGCGUUAAAACAUUUUAUAGUGGAAAAAAAAUGGCGUCGGUCAACCCAUUUGAUGUAAGUGAUUCCGAAGAAGAAGCGGAACGGCGUCCUAAUGAGACCGUUGACACAGAAAGAAGUCCGAGCGAGGGGGCGCCAGGGCCACCGUCAGGCAGUCCCUUCUCUCCUCCUGCUGAUGCCGAGGCUCCGACACUGAUGCUGUCUAGCAACCGGACAAGCCCCAGCGGUGAGGCCACCUCGGUUUCGGCCGCGGCCACAUCCACUAUGACAGGCAGCGCAGAGACGCGGGUGUCUGUGGAUAUAAUUGCUGCUCAGCUGUUACGGGACCAGUACAUUCUUACGGCCCUGGAGUUUCACACUGAACUACUGGAAGCAGGUAGGGAGCUACCGCGGCUAAGGGAUUAUUUCUCCAACCCUGGCAACUUCGAGCGACAGAGCGGCACCCCACCUGCAAAAGACCAGGGGCUCGGAUCUGGAGGACCACUGAGAGAACAAUUAAGGCCAAUCUCACACUUGCAUUCCAGUGGAAAGAAAGAUAGAGCUGGCAGUAUUAGCACCUUGGACUCUCUGGACUUUGCCCGUUAUUCAGAUGACGGCAACCGCGAGACAGACGAAAGGGUGGCAGUGCUGGAGUUUGAGCUACGGAAAGCAAAGGAGACCAUUCAGGCUCUGCGCGCCAACUUGACUCAGGCAGCAGAAAGUGAAGUGCCCUCUCAGGAGAGAAAAAACUUCAAAUCAAGUCCUGAAAUCCAGGAACCCAUACGCCCACUGGAGAAAAGAGCCUUAAACUUCUUAGUGAAUGAAUACUUGUUAAAAAAUGAAUAUAAACUGUCAGCCAUCACCUUCUCUGAUGAAAACGAUGAUCAGGACUUCGAGUUAUGGGAUGACGUUGGUCUCAACAUCCCGAAACCCCCCGACUUGUUGCAGCUCUACAGGAACGGCGGCAGCGUGCUCUGCUCGCCACGGGACAAGGUAGACGCUUCUGUGGGGGUGGUUUUUGGUGAUCUUCCAGGAAACUGCGUUUCUAGAGAGCCCCAAAAGAAGCCUGACCUGUCACAACAGCAACAGUCAGAAGUUGUUCAAGAACUGGAGUACCAGCUGAGCCUCCUGAGCAACGAGAAGCAGAGCCUUGUUGAGCAGAUCAAGAAGCUGCAAAGUGAGAUUCAGACCCUGAAAAGGAGCGUCUCCUCUCCACCUCCACCCUCUCUGGAGCUGUGCUCCCAAAAUUCACCACACCUCUCCUCCUCAAGCACCUCAAAGGCUUGUUCCACUAACCCUCCUUCUGUGCCUUCUCUAGAUAAUGGUCAUUAUCUAGACAUCCGAGGGGUUUCAGAGGCUGAAAAUGACCUGGUCUCGCCCUCCACUCAGAACACAUCACCGCCCCAACAACAGACCUGUAACAAAGUUACUGGGCAACCCCACGUCCAGUUUGAUCAACCAAACAGGAAGUUAUCUCCAGCCUUCCAGCAAGCCUUGCUGUCUUUCUGCAGAAUGUGCUCUGACAGUCGACUUGGAGCAGAGGUUUCUCGUAUAGCCGACAGCGAGGAAAGCGUGAUGCUGAUGCUGGGCCGCUGUCUUCCUCACAUCGUUCCCAACGUCCUCCUGGCUAAACGAGAGAGAAUGGUUUCACAUCUUUGCCAGGAGCUGAUUCCCCUCAUAUUAUGCACAGCAUGCCUUCACCCAGAGCCUAAAGAGCGAGACCAGCUCCUCCAUAUCCUCUUUAAUUUGAUCAAGAGACCAGAUGAUGAGCAGAGACAAAUGAUCCUGACUGGUUGCGUUGCAUUCGCAAGACAUGUGGGUCCGACCCGGGUCGAAGCUGAGCUGCUUCCUCAGUGCUGGGAGCAGAUUAACCACAAGUAUCCUGAGAGGCGGUUAUUGGUGGCUGAAGCCUGUGGCGCCUUAGCACCUUACCUGCCUAAGGAAAUUCGAAGCUCCCUGGUGUUGUCUAUGCUGCAGCAGAUGCUAACUGAAGACAAGGCUGACAUGGUCAGAGAGGCUGUGGUCAAAAGUUUGGGUAUUAUAAUGGGGUACAUCGAUGACUCUGACAAGUACGCCCAGGGAUGUGAGUUAAUGCUUCUGUCCCUUGGGGACCCGUCAGAGCGGGUGGUCAAUGCAGUCCACCAGGUAUUCAUCCCUGCCUUUGCUGCCUGGACCUUAGAACUGGGCAACCUACAUACUGCACUCAUACCUUCCCUACUGGCUCGUAUAGAGAAACUGCUUACACAGGGAGAACAUGGUCUGGAUGAACACAAACUGCAUGUUUUUCUCUCAGCUCUUCAGUCCCUUAUUCCCCCUCUGUUUGCAGUGGUGCUGCAAAACGCACCCUUUACAAGUAGAGCCAAACUCCACGAAGACAUACCUGCAAUAGAAGUGACCAGAUUUCCAAGGCCAGCCUCUCCUCUCCAGGAUAUGGCUAUUAUUAUCGGCAGCAGAGAGCUCCUUAGCUCCUUAUUGCUCCUUUAUGACCACCAGCUAGAGCAUGAGGGGACCACUGGUUGGGAGAGCCUUCUUUGGGUAGUCAACCAGCUCCUUCCUCAACUCAUAGAGAUUGUGGGUCGAAUCAAUGUGACUUCAUCAACCUGUGUUCACGAGUUCUCACGCUUUUUCUGGAGGCUCUGUCGCACAUUUGGCAAGAUCUUUACAAACACUAAGGUGAAACCACAGUUUCAGGAGAUCCUCAGACUAUCAGAAGAGAAUGUUGAUGCUUCUGCAGGAAACGGCAUUCUGACCAAAGCCACAGUCCCAAUCUAUGCCACUGGGGUGCUGACAUGCUACAAUCAGGAAGAAGAUCGCAAGCUUUUGGUGGGUUUUCUGGAGGAUGUAAUGACGACCCUGUCUUUGUCCCAUGCUUCUCUCGACAGCCUGAAGGCUUCCUUUGUAGAACUGGGUGCCAACCCAGUGUAUCAUGAACUGCUGCUGACUGUCUUAUGGUACGGAGUGGUCCAUACAUCCGCUCUGGUCCGAUGUACUGCAGCACGAAUGUUUGAGCUGCUGGUGAAGGGGGUGAAUGAGACGCUGGUAGCUCAGAGAGUGGUGCCGGCUCUCAUCACACUGUCUUCCGACCCUGAAAUAUCUGUUAGGAUUGCCACUAUUCCUGCCUUUGGCACCAUUAUGGAGACUGUCACUCAAAAAGAGCUACUGGAGCGUGUGAAAAUGCAGCUGGCAUCAUUCCUCGAAGACCCUCAGUACCAAGAUCAGCACUCUUUGCACAUAGAGAUUAUAAGGACCUUUGGAAGGGUGGGGCCUAACGCAGAGCCGCGCUUCAGAGACGACUUUGUUCUCCCACACCUUCAUAAGCUGGCAUUAGCCAACAACAGCCAGUCUGUAGAAAGCAAGAGGAUUGACAUCGCUAUCCACCUGUUCGAGGCAUACAGUGCCCUCUCCUGCUGCUUCAUUUCCGAGGAGGUCAUGAUCAACCAUUUCCUGCCAGGCCUCAGGUGUCUGCACGCUGACAUGGAGCAACUGUCUCCAGAGCAUGAGGUGAUUCUAGGUUCUAUGAUCAAGGAGUGUGAAAUAAAGGUGGAGAACAGAGGAAUUACUGAUGCACAAGGAUCGAUUUCUAUCGCAUCCAGUUUGGUGGGUGAAGAUGCUAAGACGAAGUUCCUGAGCAAGAUGGGUCAGCUGACUACUUCUGGGGCCAUGCUGGCCAACGUCUUCCAGAGGAAGAAGUAACUGACUGAUGCGCGACGAACCCACACUAUAAACUGACAGGCCUCCUGUUGUCUUUGGGAGCAUUUCAUUUUUAAAAAAGCUCUGGUUUUGUCCAAAUUAGCUACACAGCUGCUUUAUGAAAUCAAAUAUACGAUCAGACAUGAAAAUAAUGCUGCAGUGAGAAGAACUUCCAUUAUGUGGGGGGUGUUUUAUUUUGCAGUGAAAACCUGUGAAGUUUUUCCCUUUUUUAUUUAAUUUUUUUGCUUUUUCUCCUUAAGUCAUCGUGACAUAAGCAAUGUCAAGAAAGGGGUUAAUUUCUGAGUGUUAACGUUUCAGAAACUGAACACUAUCGAUAUGCACGCAAACCGGUGACAAAGAAAACACCCCCAUGGCAUUUCUGGACUUGAAACUUUCCCAGAAUUGGAUUGAAUUGGACCUUUUAGAAGUCCUCCGCUCCAGGGAACAUAAGCCUGAGCAAAUGUUUGAACUACAAGGCUGUGCAUCUGUUUGAAACGACUUGUACAGUGUGUCUGUACUCCUUAGAAGUGUUGCCUACUUGAAACUAUAAACAUUUGUCUUGCCUUUAUUUGUUUAAAGUCUGUAUUUUACAGCUUCCUAUUUUUCUUAUUUAUGUCUUAAUGAAGGAAAAAAAACAACUUUAUUCCAACUUCCAAAGAAAUUUGCACUUCACUUUACUUCUUUUUGUUCUUAAAGCAUUUUUUGUUGUUUUAUUGCAGAUUCUUAUAUCUAAUGAUUAUCACUACUUAUUUUCCCCUCAUUCAUUCUGACGAUGUAAUGUAGAAGCAAACACUGGUCUUAAUUAUACCUUCUCUGGCCGUUGCAUCUUGUCUAUGUGUUGCCGUGUUUCUGAUUGUACUUUUUGUUUUUCCAAAUGUUGGUAUUUGGUUUUAAGGUCCAUUUUGGAGACGCCCGAAGAGAAACAGCAGAUAUCUGUAUCACACUGACCUGAGGAGGAUGAUACUUUAUGUAUAUUUGAAAUUUGUGUCAUGCUGUAAUAAAUGAUGGAUUGGUUGUGUACUUUAAGGUACUUCUGGAAUAUUG